AGUAUACGGUCGCUCUACUGUGGAGACUCGUACACCCUAUGCUCCAGCUACCAUCUCUCUCUAAGCUCUCGCCUUUCUCACAGCAACGAAAGGGGGAUCCGAUCACAGAUAUUCCUACGAAUUUUUUCGCUUCGGAUUCCUUCCUCCCCCACCCAUAUCUCGCGCGCUCUCCAAUCCCUGAUCUCAGGUGUGGGCGCUGGGAGCUCGUGGGUGUGUCCUCGAAUGCCGCAGAAACCAACAAGCUUGGUGGGGCUCUCCUCUCGUGUUUGCUUCCUGUCUCUCUCCAUCGGGUUUCAAUUGAUCUCGGUUUGGGUUUGUUAAUUCUCUCUGUAGAGAUCUCGUGGGAUCUUAGAUUGGGUUCUCUUUGGUGGGUGGGCCUAAAGGGACCCCUUCCAUUAUUUGAUUCGUUCUUCCCGCACGGCCGUGUUCUAUCUGUUGUUGUUAGGGUUUUGAAAGAGGAAAGGAGGCUCCUUUAUCGGCUUUUUUGCUCGUUUUCAUGUUUGUUCCUUAGGAUUUGAGGAUAUAGUUUGGGUAUUGGCCAAUAGGGUAGGAAAAAAAGCGUUUUUUUUUUUUCAUUUUUUCUUCGAUUUAUCGUCUUGACUUUAACUUUUAAUCUAUCUGUCUAUUUUUUGGCUGAUUUAUGUUUAGUUUGGUAAUUUUGUAUCGGGAAACCCAUUUUAAAGUAUUCUGCGAACGCCUAAUCUAUGAGCCCUAAUAUUAGUACGUUUUGAGUGCUCGGAGAAGAAUCCAUUUGAUAGAGAUUGUGAUUUGUGGGAUAAAGGAGUCUCCUUUAUCUCUUUCAGUUUUCCUUCUAAUCAUUUCUGAGUUAUUUGGAAAAAUACCCAUCUAAGAUUGUGGAGAUUUGGGAGUUGCUCUCCCUCUUAUGCACCAUGAGGAACCUCUUCCUCACUGAUUCCUGCAAAGAGACACAGCUCCAUGCCAUGAAUCCCCAGUCAUGGCUUCAAGUCGAGCGAGGCAAGUUCUCAAAAUCUUCCUCGCAUUCCACUUCUUCCAUUGAAUCUCUUAUCAAGGUUGCGGAGCCUCCCAUUCUCCCACUAUUUAAGCCUGUAGACUAUGUGGAAGUCUUAGCUCGGAUCCAUGAAGAGCUUGAAUCAUGCUGGCCUCAUGAAAGGUCAAACCUUUACUUGCUCCAGUUUCAGGUCUUUAGGGGCCUUGGGGAGGUCAAAUUGCUUCAAAGGAGUCUCCAUUCUGCUUGGCGGAAUGCCAGUUCCGUUUAUGAGAAACUUAUAUAUGGAGCAUGGUUGAAGUAUGAGAAACAAGGGGAAGAACUUAUCUCCGACCUUCUUGCUUCCUGUGGGAAGUGUUCUCAAGAACUUGGGUUUCUGGAUGUUGCUUCUCAGAUCCCACUUGAGAAUUCAUCUGUCAAGUUGACCGAUGAAUGUAUUUGCGGUGUGCCUCAAGUCCCCACUACUGUCUUCUUCCAGAUUAAAGAAGAGAAGAUAGCCUGUGAGAGACAGAAGAUUGCUGCAUUAUCCACUCCAUUCCACACCAUGCUAAAUGGGUGCUUUGCAGAGUCACAUCUAGAAGUCAUCGAUUUAUCUGAGAAUGGCAUAUCGCCUGUAGGAAUGAGGGUAAUUUCUGAGUUCAGUCUUACGGGCAGCAUAAGUGAUUUGUCAGUGGAAAUUUUAUUGGAAAUCUUGGUAUUUGCAAAUAAGUUUUGCUGUGAGAGGCUUAGGGAUGCUUGUGAUAGGAAACUGGCGUCUCUGGUUUCCUCAAGGCAAGAUGCCAUUGACCUUAUGGAGUGUGCUUUGGAGGAAAAUGCUCCAGUCCUUGCAGCAUCAUGUUUGCAAGUGUUCUUACAUGAACUUCCUGGGUGUUUGAAGGAUGAGCAAGUUGCGAAGAUUUUUUCAAAUGUUAAUAAACAGCGGAGAUCGAUCAUGGUUGGCCAAGCCUCUUUCUCACUGUAUUGUUUGCUCAGUGAAGUUGCCAUGGAUAUUGAUCCAAGGUCAGAUAUCACCGCAUGCUUUUUAGAGAAGUUAGCAGAAUCAGCAAUGGAUGUUAGACAAAAGCAAGUGGCUUAUCAUCAGCUGGGAUGUGUUAGGCUUUUGAGAAAAGAGUACGGUGAAGCGGAGCAUCAUUUUGAUGCUGCUUUUGCUGCUGGGCAUGUCUAUUCUGUUACUGGAUUGGCCAGACUGGCUUGUAUUAAAGGCAAUAAGCUUUCAUCUUAUGAGAAGCUCAGCUCUGUGAUAUCAGGUAAUCCACCACUUGGAUGGAUGUAUCAAGAGAGAUCUCUAUAUUCAGAAGGAGAUAGAAAGUUGGAGGACCUUGAUAAAGCAACAGUGUUGGACCCCACUCUUAUUUAUCCUUACAUGUAUCGAGCAGCAUCUUUGAUGAGGAAACAAGAUGCCAAACUUGCCCUAGCAGAGAUUAACCGUGUUCUAGGUUUUAAGCUGGCUUUAGAGUGCUUGGAACUCCGAUUUUGUUUCUAUUUGGCUCUCGAAGAUUACAAAGCUGCACUUUGUGACAUCCAAGCAAUUCUUACACUGUCUCCAGAGUAUCGAAUGUUUGAAGGGCGUGUUGCUGCUUCCCAGUUGCGUAUGCUCGUUAGAGAGCAUGUUGAACAGUGGACCACUGCAGAUUGUUGGCUGCAACUUUAUGAUAGGUGGUCAUCAGUAGAUGACAUUGGUUCCCUUUCAGUUAUCUAUCAGAUGCUUGAGUCAGAUGCUGCAAAAGGGGUUUUGUACUUCAGGCAGUCUUUACUUCUUCUGAGAUUGAAUUGUCCUGAAGCCGCAAUGCGUAGCCUACAGCUUGCACGACAACAUGCAGCGACUGAACAUGAACGUCUUGUUUAUGAGGGUUGGAUUCUAUAUGACACUGGUCACUGUGAAGAAGGACUACGUAAAGCAGAGGAGUCAAUCUCCAUUCAAAGGUCAUUUGAGGCUUUCUUUUUGAAAGCCUAUGCUUUGGCUGAUUCAAGCCUUGAUCCUUCAUGCUCUGCUACUGUUGUUUCACUUCUUGAAGAUGCACUAAAGUGUCCUUCAGAUAGGCUUCGAAAGGGUCAGGCUUUAAACAACCUUGGCAGUGUAUAUGUUGAUUGUGAGAAGCUAGAUUUGGCAGCUGACUGUUACAUUAGUGCCCUCAAUAUCCGGCAUACACGGGCUCAUCAGGGUCUUGCUCGAGUCCGUUUCCUUCAGAAUGACAGAAAUGCUGCAUAUGAGGAAAUGACCAAAUUAAUAGAGAAGGCUAGAAACAAUGCAUCAGCAUAUGAGAAGAGGUCUGAAUACUGUGAUCGUGACCGUACAAAGGAAGAUUUGCAGAUGGUGACCCAAUUGGACCCAUUGCGAGUUUAUCCUUACAGAUACCGAGCUGCAGUGCUUAUGGAUAACCACAAGGAGAAAGAGGCAAUUGCAGAGCUGACAAAGGCGAUAGCAUUCAAAGCUGACCUUCACCUCCUGCACCUUCGUGCUGCUUUCCAUGAGCACAUUGGGGAUGUCUCCAGUGCUCUUCGAGACUGCCGAGCUGCCCUUUCUUUGGACCCUAAUCACCAAGAAAUGCUCGAGCUCCACAGACGAGUAAACAGCCAAGAACCAUGAGUGCAUUUCAUAAUAUUCUGUAUAACUACACCUGAUCCAUGCGAUGGCACCUUUACAGCCUGGCUUGGUUCUGUAUUCUUUCUUCCCUUCUUCCACUUCCACCUUUCUGUUGUAAUGUAUGCGAAUCAUAAUUCAAGUUAAUUGCUGUGUGUUUCAAUUGUUAAUGUCUGUCUAGAAAUUUUGAUUCUCUGAAUUAAAUGAGAACUUUAAAGGUAAUCAUAAAAUGUAUUUGGAGGAGAUGCACUUCAUGUGA